CUCCGCUCGAAAAGUCAGAGUAAGAAUGCGUUUAACAACUGCACCAGCAAAAAGAUACCAACCGCACUUUUAUUAAAUGUUACAAUUUGGAACAUUUAUUGGAUACAUGUCUGUUCGGAUAUUUCCGGAGAUUUUUCUUUAAUAUUCAAUAUUGAAAGAUAGGAAGUACAACUACUUAGCUUAAUAGAACACAACAAUUCAAACGAUUGGAUUCUAAAAUUAAAAAGAUAACCGAAAUGGAGGGAUUAACCAAUUUCGUCAGUAAAUCUUUUGAUGCAAGUCGACUAUUGCAAGAUGCGAUCCUCAUGAGAGAGACGCGCACACCUGACGAAAACCACCAUACAACAGAAGUUGCGCAUGCGACAAAACAAGACAGUCACAGGUUAAAACAAGCCUCCCCUAAAGAACUCCCAGAAAACAAGCACUCGGUUGAAGCUAUACUAAGUGACACUUAUAAACCUAAGAUUAAUACAAUAAACGAUCUUUCCAUGAAAAGUCGACAAUUUCAGUUCACUCAAAGAGACAUUAUGACGACAAACGAAACGAAAGAAACAAAUAAAAAUCAUUCCAUCUCCAAAACAGAAGAACUUAAAAUUGACGUAGAAAAUGACGACUUUAGCGACACCUAUAAUGAACCUAAAGAUAUGACACACCUCAAAGAAGAUUCAGAUGAUGACACACCCAAACUUAAACAAAGACGAAGCCGCACAAACUUCACUCUUGAACAGUUGAAUGAACUGGAACGCUUAUUUGAUGAGACGCACUACCCAGAUGCCUUCAUGCGCGAGGAGCUCAGUCAGAGACUAGGGCUUUCAGAGGCAAGAGUGCAGGUUUGGUUCCAGAAUCGACGAGCAAAAUGCAGAAAACAAGAAAGCCAGAUUCAUAAAGGAUUGAUACUUGGUUCAACACCACCCUCUAUAGAUGGAUGUAGAGUUGCUCCGUAUGUGAAUAUGCCCUCGAUGCGCAUGGCAUUUGACCGAUUACAUCUUCCUCAUAUAAAUCCAUAUGACGGGUCACAUGCGUCACAUCCGGCUCUUCCAUCGAUGCUGUUCUAUCCACCACCCCCUUAUCCUUUGAAUCUCAGCGCACUCGCGGACAGUAGUUUCAAGGCCACUAAAACUUCAAGCAUAGCAGAUUUAAGACUGAAAGCAAAGCAACACACUGCUUCAUUAGGUCUUAAAUGAGACCAUGCACUCAUAUGUAAACAGUAAUCUUAACUUUGGCCACCAUUUUAUUAAGUAAUUGGCUUUCUGCUGAUAUCAGCAAAUAAGAGGUCACUUUGCAAGCUACAGUGAGGCUUCGAGUAUCACAACUGAGAUCUUCUUCUAACCCCUAUCAGGACUUUUGAACCAAUGGAACAACGCACGUCAUACGAUGCCAAUUCUGUUACCAUGGACGUAAGAAAUGCGUGUAUGAUGACCAACGCAUUUCAUUAACGUUUUAGUUAUCCUAUCAGAUGACAAUAUGUCAAGAAACAAUGCAUAUUGCAUAUUGCCAACAAAACAGAAAUGUGAGAUAUAUAAAAAAGACACCAUCAUACCUCUACUUUAUAUUGCAAUAUGGCAAGUGAUUUAAGACGGUCAUAUCUUUCACCAUGAGCACUUUCUGGGCAUAAAUACAGUGGUUUUAUUGGAACAAUAUAUUUUCUUUCAAGUGAAGUC